GCGCAGAAGAGGCUGCGCAUAAUUUUUGGCUGUAAUGGUGAAGUGAAUUCUCUCUGAAUCAAGGGCUGUGGAGGGUUUUAUAUCCACGAACAUCGCCCAGUUUCUAGGUCUGGUUUCUUUCCAGAGCCGCUUAAGUGAACUGGAAUCAUUUUUUAACACAUAAAUAUGUGAUAAUUUCCGAUGAAUAUGAAACUACAGAGAGUUUACACUGAACAUUAAAGCGAAUAUGUGAACAAGAAGCAAGCGGGUCAAGUUUUGUUUUCAGUUAUGUGGGACAAUAUCCCUACACAGCGAGCGUUACCGCUUCAAAGCUCAGAAACCGUGUGCAAGGAGAGCUAAACGCCUGUCUAGGCUGUGAUAUCGAACAAGGAUAAACAAUCUAAAACAAGGACAGCCUGUAUUUUUCUGCUUUCUUUUUGUCGAGGGACGCUAGCUUAGCUAAAGCUAGCCGAGAGGCGCGAGCUCAAUGAGCUGCUCGAGGCACCCUGGAAACGAUCAGUGAUGCUGUCGUGAAGGACAAUAUCGUUAAAUAUUUUUUUGUUGUUGUUGGGUUUGUAUACUCUUGGAUAUAUUUCGACGCGAUUCGGAGAAGCCACGGGACCGGGGAUGACUUGUGGAUAACCUCUGCGCAUUAAAUCGAGUGCGCAUCUUUGUUUUGCUUCACUCGGACUCUCCCGUCUGGCAAGAUUUCACACUUUUACCCAACACUGAGCGGUUUGUGCUGUUCAUGUGCUGUCUUGACCACUUAGGUCCGCGUCUCCGGAGGACAGAGGUAUGCCUGGAUCAGACCGCCUGCAUGGGACCAAGAGGAAGGCUGAAUCGCUCUACCAUCAUCAGCUGCAGGCGGCCGGCGGCGGGGAAGGUCAGCCCGUACACGCGGGUUCCGGGAGGCAUCCCAGCAAGACGACGAGCUCGGUCGCUUCUUCCAAGCACAAACGAAACAAGUCCAAACACGAGGCCGAAACCGGCUCCGCAUGCGCUGCCGCCGCGCCUCCAGCAGCGGGCGCCAUCAAGCCUCUGGUGGAGUACGACGACAUCAGCUCCGACUCGGACACGUUUCUGGACUCCCCUGCCACCGGGAAACCGGCGGAGGGCAGGGACGCUGAACGCAUAGAGCGGUCGGACUACGAUGAGGCAGGUGCGAAAGAGAACAGAACUCAUAAACACAAGCGCUCCCGGAAGAAGUCCAAAGACCCAUAUUCGGUCAGGGAUUCUGCGGAGGUGGCAGAAAGUAGCGGCGGUAAGAAGAGCAGUAAGGACCGGGACAGAGCGAGUAAAGAGAGCCGGAAGAAGGCUAAGGACAAGACUAGCUCCGCAGCGUGCCUUGCAUCCACAUCCAGACGUUCAGGUGAGUCAGGAAGCAAAAGGUCCGGCGACUCUCUCUCAUCAGGCGUGGUGCAGUCCGCUGUCAGUCUGGGCAGCAGCGCCUCCUCCGCCUCUUCCUCCAUCAGUAAGGAAAGUGGCCGCUCGUCAAAAUCUCGCAAAGACAAGCGGAGGAGCGAGGAGUAUGAGGAGGAGCGGAGCCAUCGGAAGGCCGCCAAAAGCCACAAAGGGAAGGAUCCGUCCAGGAGACUCGGAGCGGACAGUCCUUCCACUGCGGAACUCGAGAACAGCUAUUCCUCCAAGCGCAGUCCGUACAGGGAGCCUCCCAGGCGGAGCAGACAGAGAUCCGAGAGCCCCUAUCGGAGGAGGAGGUCUUCAAGCCCCGAGAAGGAUGGAAGUCCGUAUGUGAGCAGAAAACACUCACCUGGCAGUCCUUACGGAAACCGACGCUCAUCCAGCACUAGUCCAGUGUCCAGGCCUUCUGUUCGUUCUCGGAGCCGUUCUCCUCACUACUCCUCCUCUCGCCGCUCCUCGUCACGUUCUCGCACUAAGAAACAUUCAUUAUAUUCUGGUGGAGCCAGCAGAGGCUCCUCCCACAGCAGUCGACCAGGCAGCCGCUCCCCUUCAUCUUCACGUUUGCCGAUCACCUCAAGCCUGGGGGCCGAGCUAACACGAAAAAAGAAGGAACGUCAGGCGGCCGCCGCCAAAAACUCCCCCUCCCUCCGCCCCAACACUUCUAACAUCUCAAAUGCGCCGGUGAAAAACACUGAGGCACCGCUGCCACUAGAGACGGCACCGCCCCCAGAGCCUCAAAGACCGCCCUCCCCACCUCCAAAUACUGUUGCGGUGGAGGAGCCCACUGUGGUUCCUCCGCCACCUCUCCCAUUAUCCAGUCCACCUCCGCUACCCCUCUCAUCUCCUCCACCUCUCCCGGCAAACUCUCCUCCUCCCCUUCCUCUCUCAUCCCCUCCACCUCUUCCUCUGAACAGCCCUCCACCUGCUCCUCCACCCUCAGCACCUGCUACACCUGCUGCUUCUCGCACGAAAAGCCCCAAACAGAAACAUACGCAAAGUCCCGCACAACUGAUAAAGACCUCCACACUUCCACCUCUUCCCCUGCCGCCAGUUCUUCUGGGAGACUGCAGAGACAGUCCAAAAAAGAGCGGUCCUUUCCAGAAGUCAUCACGAAAGGACAGGGAGAAAGAGAAGGAAAAGGAAAAAGAAAUCAGGACACGCCUUCUCAGUGAGUUGCCCCUCCCUCCAGUUCUUCCUGGAGGAGACCACUCCCCUCCACAGUCCCCUGCUCGAGAAUCCCCACUGCUUCUGCAACCAACCUUCAAGAAGAGACCAAAGAUUUGCUGUCCUAGAUAUGGAGAGAGAAAGCAGACUCAAAUUGACUGGGGCAAGCGCUGUGUGGAUAAGUUUGACAUCAUCGGCAUCAUUGGAGAGGGAACCUACGGUCAAGUGUACAAGGCAAAGGACAAAGACACAGGAGAGCUGGUGGCAUUGAAGAAGGUGAGAUUGGAUAACGAAAAGGAGGGUUUCCCCAUCACGGCCAUCAGAGAGAUCAAGAUCCUGAGACAACUCAACCAUCGCAGCGUCGUCAACAUGAAAGAAAUUGUCACUGAUAAACAAGACGCACUUGACUUCAAAAAGGAUAAAGGUGCAUUUUACCUGGUUUUUGAGUACAUGGACCAUGACUUGAUGGGGCUGCUGGAAUCGGGGCUGGUGUCUUUUUCCCAGGAGCACGUGCAGAGCUUCAUGCGUCAGCUGAUGGAGGGAUUAGAUUAUUGCCACAAAAAGAACUUUCUACACCGAGACAUCAAGUGCUCCAACAUCCUGCUAAAUAACAGUGGUCAGAUCAAACUUGCCGACUUCGGUUUGGCUCGUCUUUAUAACUCUGAGGAAAGUCGGCCGUACACUAAUAAGGUGAUCACACUGUGGUACCGCCCUCCUGAGCUGCUACUGGGAGAGGAGAGAUACUCACCUGCUAUUGAUGUCUGGAGUUGUGGGUGUAUUUUGGGAGAACUCUUCACGAAGAAACCAAUUUUCCAGGCCAACCAAGAGCUUCUGCAGCUUGAGCUGAUCAGUCGUUUGUGUGGUAGUCCGUGUCCUGCUGCUUGGCCAGAUGUAAUAAAGCUGCCGUACUUUAAUACCAUGAGACCCAAGAAACAGUACAGACGACGCUUACGGGAGGAAUUCGCUUUUCUGCCCACCUUUGCUCUCGACCUGCUGGACCACAUGUUGACGCUGGACCCCUCGAGACGCUGCACGGCCGAACAGGCCCUCGCGAGCCAGUUUCUGUGUGAUGUGGAGCCCAACAGGAUGUCGCCACCUGAUUUGCCUCAUUGGCAAGACUGUCAUGAGCUCUGGAGCAAGAAGCGGCGGCGGCAGAGGCAAAGCGGAGUAUCCGAGGAUUUCCCUGUUGCCAAAGUUCCCCGAAAGGAACCUGCAGGACCUUCAGGAGGGGAGAACAGCCGCCCACCGCCGAGCCCACCCCCACCACCCUCAUCUGCCCAUCCUGCACCGGCGAACAUCACAGCCACUGAGCUGGAAGGUUUGGGAGCUGCAGCAGAGCAGUUGAACCAGACCGAGCUGGCGGUGCUGCUGAACCUGCUGCAGGGUCAAACAGACAAUCUAAGCAUCCCGCAGAUGGCGGAGUAUCUCCGCAGCUCAUCCUCUGAAGCCUCCACCUCAGUGCUCUCCAGAACACCCGCCGCCCUCUCCACCCCUGAACCGGACGCGGCGCAGCAGCUCGAACUGCUUAGUCAUCUCUCCACCUUAAUCCAGUCCUCUAGCGUCCCGCAGCCAGCAGAACUCCCGCAGGAAGACCAGGCCGGCCUGCUCACGCUCCUAUUGGAGCAGCUGAUAAAGGCCCCAGCACCAGGGGCGGAGCAGGCGGAUGAAAGCAACGGAGUCCGGCAGGAUGAUGAUUCUGCAUUAGUAGAUCCAGAGGCAACAGGCUCAAAGUCUGACAUUACAUCAGAUGUAGCUACAACCCUGCUUCAGCUCAUCUCCCAGCAGGCCUCGGAGAGCAGACAUCCUGCUACAGACCUGUGCCCUGGAGGUGGACCCUCCUCUCCCCCGAGCGCCACCUCACCUCCGACUUCCUCUUACGCCCCCUCGCCUGCCGCGGACCUGCCAAACGCUGCUCCCGAAACUCAGUUCACCCAGGACCAAGACUUGCGGUACACCCUGGGAGGAGCCGCCGGCCCUUCCUGAACCCUUCCGCUGAUCUUUUUGUUCAUUGACAUUUUUCACUUAAUGUGCUUUAGCCGUUAAACUUCUGUUUACCACAUAUUAAUAUAUUUCUUUCUCCCGUUAAAGGAAAAAGUGAAUGUUAAAGGAACUGUUCUUGAAUGCGAAUGGAUGAUGUUCAUCCCUCCCAGAGAUGUGUUUGGAGGCCGUCUUUUCCCGCUUCUCCACGACGGUCAGUGAGUUUUAGCCAUGUGCGAUUUCUUUGAGGGCUGCGUAAAUGUCUUAAAGCAAGCUACUUUCGUUCGUGCUGAUAUGUGUAAAGCAAGAGACUCGAUGCAGCUUGUGUUACUUCAUGUUUUCCAAUACAAAGGCACGAGGAGAACUUGAAGUCAUUUGCAGGACCUAAGUGAGGCCUUUGUUUUCAAAAGAUUUGUAAUAGCUUGUGCAUAAGAUGUGUUCUUAUUUAGAUUUUUUGUUGGGGGGAAAUGUAUGUCCUCAUCCAAAUGUUGUUUUCAGGAUGUUAAUUUAAAGCAAAAGCAUCUUCGGGAAGACACUGAACUGACUUGAAUUUUAGCGCCAGAAUUGCCCGUUUUGAUUUGACUACACAAAUGUACAUGUUGUAAACUGAUAAUAAAUGAAAAAUGUGGCUGAGUAA